UCGAACUCGAUCUUCAAACGGGAACAGUUAAAACGACAUAUCGCAUAAACACACCGGAUCGAACCGCUGAUUCUCGUUCAAAUGUUAUUGUGGGUUACCCCGUGCAACAUGGCGCCUCGGAGGGGAAAUUUGGCGGGCAAAAUUCCCGUGACGUGUACGAUGCAGUUAUGUACGUGUCGAAUAUGUGUUCGAAACGUUCUCGGACGGACGUUUAUUUACAAACAUAAUCCCCCGAACCUUCCCGAUGAACAGAUCGUCAUGGGACGCACGAUUAACCAUAUUUCGAAUACUUCCGUUUCGGUGAUCGUUAAAAGGAUACUGCGAGACGGACAAUCGAAACACGAGGUAUUUCGUACUUUGAGCUACAAUUCCCUCCUUCGUAGAUAAGAUAGGAGUCAACGAUGGCUUACCGUUCCCGAUCUUAUCGAUAAGAGAGUGACCGAGUGCCUCAGACCUUCGUCGAACACCGGUUUUUCCCACGAGCUAAACCGAUCGAAAUUCGACAGUAAUUUACCACACUUUUAGGACUGAAAUAGUUGGUCCUGUUUCACUUUCGAUAUCGUUCUCCUUAUCACCGAUACGGGGAACGCGUGACGACCGCUCCGAAGAGGAUGAGCAAAGAGCGGGCGGGAUAGUACGGGGCACGUACUUUAAAUAUUCGGCGUUCCGUAUUCCGUGUUUCAGUACGUGGAUUCGCCAGUAAAUCGAGUAAAUCGGCUAGAGAUCGUCGCACAGGGGAACGCGGUUUCCCAGAGGAAUUAAAAAGGGAACAACCGUCGAACGAUAUCGUUUCGCACCGGUGGCACAAGGUGUCCGCUGCGGAGGACGAUCGAUUAUCAGCUGCUGGAUCACGCCAGAUCGCCACGCGGUUAAGGACAGGUCAAUCUCCUCGGCGUACGCGCGAUACGUUCAUCGACGAUGGAAUCUCUCGCCAGAACCAUGCUCGGGAGAACUGGAGUCUCCAGAGGGAAACUGUUGAACCUAUUCUGCCAGGGCGAGCGGAAUGGCCGAACGAUCACGUCGCAGGAGAUUUUUGAAAGAGAGUCGAAGCACGGCGCUCACAAUUAUCACCCGCUGCCGGUCGCCUUGUGCAAGGCCAACGGAGUUUUCAUGUGGGACGUCGAGGGCAAACGGUACUACGAUUUCCUGAGCGCUUACUCGGCCGUUAAUCAGGGCCAUUGUCACCCGAGGAUCUACAAGGCGCUCACCGAUCAGGCGAGCGUGUUGACACUGACUUCGAGGGCGUUUUACUCGGACGCGUUGGGCGAGUUCGAGGAGUACAUCACGAAGCUUUUCGGGUACGACAAGUGGCUGCCGAUGAACACCGGCGUGGAAGGCGGCGAGACCGCGUGCAAACUGGCGCGCAGAUGGGGAUACAGUUGCAAGGGGAUAGCGAAAAAUCAGGCGAAGAUCGUGUUCGCCGAAGGUAACUUCUGGGGGAGGACGAUGAGCGCCGUCUCCUCGAGCACGGACCCGACCAGUUACGGCGGCUUCGGCCCGUUCAUGCCCGGAUUCGAGGUCAUCCCAUACGACGACCUCGCCGCGCUAGAGAAAACACUGGCCGAUCCCAACGUCUGCGCUUUCAUGGUGGAGCCUAUACAAGGAGAGGCCGGAGUUGUCGUGCCGAAGGACGGGUACCUGAAGGGAGUCAGAGAUCUGUGCACGAAGCACAACGUGCUGUGGAUAGCGGACGAGGUGCAAACCGGCUUGGCCAGAACGGGCAAGCGGCUGGCGGUGGACCACGAGAACGUGAAGCCGGACAUCCUGAUCCUCGGGAAAGCGCUUUCCGGCGGUUUCUACCCGGUGUCCGGUGUGCUGGCCAACGACUCCGUCAUGCUGACGAUCAAGCCCGGCGAGCACGGCUCGACGUACGGCGGCAACCCCUUGGGCUGCAGAGUCGCCUUGGAGGCGCUCCGCGUGCUCGAGGAGGAGAAGCUGGCCGAGAACGCGCAGAAGCUCGGCGAGAUUCUCAGAGGCGAGCUCGGCAAGCUUCCGCGCGACGUGGUCACGCUGGUCAGAGGUAAGGGGCUGCUGAACGCCAUCGUGAUCAACGAGAAGAUCGACGCCAUGAAGAUCUGCCUGAAGAUGAAGGACGCCGGUCUGCUGGCGAAGCCGACGCACGGGCACAUCAUCAGGCUGGCCCCGCCGCUGGUGAUCACCGAGCCCCAAAUAAGGGAGUGCGCCGAGAUCAUCGGCAAAACUGUAACGCAGUACGCCUAGCGCGUAUCGCGCACGACGCCUGUAACCUCGGGGAAAUCUUG